AUGCCGAAUGGGACUAAUGAAGCAACUUUUCUCUACCGAGCCUUGUAUGAUCUGUCGUUCUUCAUUAUCGUGAUCAUCAUCAUUAUGAAUGUCAUAUUCGGUGUCAUUGUGGACACAUUUGCUGCACUGCGACAAGAGAAACAGGAUCGUGAGGAACUUGUUCGGAACAAUUGUUGCGUGUGUGGUACGUAA